AUGGCUCUUCAUACUCUCUUUCUGUGCAUUGCUCUGCUCGUCGUCUACACGCUCUGGAAGCGAUACUCAGCCAGGCAUAGCAUACCACAUGGCUUGAAGCCACUUCCAGGCCCGAAAGGCAUUCCAUUCCUCGGUGUCGUCCCCCAGGUCCCAGAGAAGAACGCCCAUAUCAAAUUCGCAGACUGGGGCAAGCAAUACGGGCCCAUCUACCAGUGCAACCUCGCCGGCACAAACCACGUCUGGAUCUCAUCCGACCAAAUCGCCAAAGACCUCCUCGCAAAGAAAGGCGCCAUCUACUCCGACAGACCACACAUCCCCGCCCUCGAAUCCGACAACCGCACCAGCGCGCAAUACCUCCCCUUACUCUCCAAAAACGACGCAUGGCUCCGCCAACGCAAAUUCGCAACCCACAUCAUGCGCGCCUCCGAAGCCGCCUCCUUCCACCACUACCCCGAACUCGAAGCAAAACGCCUCCUCACCGAACUCCUCGACGCGCCCCACGCGUACAACACCGCCCUCGAAUCCUUCGUCGCCCGCGUCACCUGCCGCCUCGCCUGGGGCCACGCCGACGCCGCCGACGAACUCAAGCAGCGCGCCCGCGAGCUCCUCAUCGCCGUCUCGCCCACCGGUGCGCUCGGCAACAGACUCCCCGCCAUCAUGCGUCUCCCCGCCUGGCUCAGCCCCAGCAAAGCAUGGGAGCAGCGCCGCGCACGCACGGAGCGCGCCUUCUUCACUACCAUGCAGCGCACCGUCGAGCACGAUAUGCGUGCCCCUGACGCGGAUGCUGCGCCGCAGAGCUGGAUGCGCGCGUUCUUAGAGGCGCCGAGCAGGUUUGGCUUUGUGGGCGGGGAGGCGGCGGAGGGGGCGUAUGCGGUGGGGAUGCAUGGGAUUGCCGGUGCGCUGACGAUUGCGGCGCCCAUGCAGACGUUUUGUCUGGCUAUGUGCUGGUAUCCGCAGUUUCUGCCGUUGUUGCAUGAGGAGCUGGAUCGGGUUUGUGGGGAGAGGUUGCCGUGUGCGGGGGAUAGGGCGGAGUUGCCGUUUCUGAGGGCGUGUAUACGGGAGUGUUUCCGGUGGAGGCCGCCGGUGCCGACGGGUAUCCCGCAUGCCCUGACGCAAGACGACGAGUAUAACGGCUACCAUAUUCCCGCCGGCAGCGUCAUGCAUCCUCUAGAAUGGGCCAUAUCCCGCACACCCUCCCUCUACCCCUCCCCCGAAACCUUCAACCCCCUCCGCUGGCUCGACCCUGCCUCACCAGUCUACCAAGCCCCCCUCACCACCCACCCCACCAUCAUCGGUUGCUCGCAAUUCGGCUACGGCCGCCGCGUCUGUCAGGGCCAGGCCGUAGCAGACGAAGACCUACUCGUAGGCAUCGGCAGCUUGGCAUGGCUAUUCGAUAUCGGAAGGACCCGGCAGAAAGAGCAGAAACAAGGAGAUGGAGACAGACAAGAAAGACAAAAAGGCAAACCAGCACAAGGCAGCAAACGAGAGCGCCACGAAGCAGACGACCAAACGCAAAAGCCCAAGAAACUCCGCAAACCCGCCCCGCACCCACGCAACACCCUCAUCCGCCCCACCAUCUCCGCCGAAGAACUCCACACCGGCUUCCGCGAUUCCUCACCCCCUCAUAGCCCUACAACCCCUUCUUCCCCCUUUCCCCAAUCCACCCUUCCCUCUCCCCCACUUCCAGACCACUCCCCAGACCUCGCCCCCCAGACCCUCUCCUUCUCAAAACUCCUCAUCGCCAAACCGCUUCCCUUUGACUUCGCGCUCACCGUGCGGAGGGGAUGCGAGAAGAGGGUGGAGAUGGUGAGGGGGAUGUUUGAUGAGUUGAAGGAAAGGGGGGAGUUUGGCGAUGAGAGGCGGUUUUGGGGGGCACUCGAGCUUCGAGGAUAUACUAUCUAUAUUGAGACCUGA